AUGAGCCUUCCAUCGUUAGUGUACAUUUUGUUCAUUGCUGCAUUCUUUUUUGUCAGUGUUUUUGCUGGUCCUUUUACUAUACGGAUCGAUGAUCCAAAUUCCAAGACUGAAAUUACAACAAAAAAUAUCACAGCCUCAGGAAGAAUUAUGAUGAAAAUUGUGAAGAAACCACACCACCUGUUCAUUGGUAGAUGUAAUCGAAAAUACCCAAUAAUUCACCAAGAAAAUAUAAUUUUGACGAAUGAUGGAAAAAGUCACGUUUCUGCUCACAUAAGGAUGAAUGUAGAUGGCCCCUUUUAUAUAAAUUGCGUAAAUAUUCAUGACGAAACACCUGACGGAGAAGGUGGAUAUCCAAGUUUUGCUGCUGGAGGAGUGGGUCAUAACUUCGUCGAGUUCAAUGUUAUGACUCAUUAUGGCAAAGGUUUCCAUUUCUUUGUACAAAUACGUGGAUAUACAAACAAAACAUUGAAAUCGUCUUAA